GACUUGAUUGGCGAUGUAAUCGACAAUUUUAAUGAGAUGUGUUUUUACUUUAUCUGUGUUUCGUGAUCUUGACAUUUCAAUCAUUAUGUCAAAAUUACAGCACAACUUGAAGUAAAAAUGGGUAAAAUAAAAUCUCAAGGUCACUGAUGUCUUUAAUUCUGAGCAAAUGUGAUGCAAUGUGGAUAUUUCAAAAAAUUAUAUAAUUUUAUAGUUCUUUAUAUCUAAGGAUUUCACUCUUGAAUCUCAAAAUGGAUCAACAACCAAUCUUCGAAUACAAAGACGAAUCUCAAGCAGAGCGAAUAGCAAGAAAAUCUAAAGAUUCACCAUUCAUGAUUCUUGGUAUAAUGGGAUGUAUUGGUGUUUGUGCUGUUGGUGCAUACAAAUACAAGAACAGAGGUCAGAUGAGUACAAGUGUAUUCCUCAUGCAGUUACGAGUUGCAGCCCAAGGAACUGCCGUUGCAGCACUCACAAUGGGCCUAGCAUAUUCACUUGCAGAAAGAUAUUUAUUUAAAUCUGAUAAGAAACCAGAAUAACUUUGUUUUUCUGUAUUUAGAUAAAUGUUUAGACAAAAUUUUAUUUUUCAGUAUUUAAUGACAUAAUCUAUGUGAUCAUGGAUGCACACAGGACUUAAGCGAUAAAGGGCGUAUUUAGGGAUUUUAUAAGAGACCUCUUAUAUUUAAUUUUAUGGUGCCUAAUACGUACAAGCAACAUAAAUUAUACCCAAAUAAUUUAAAAAUAAUUGAAUAUGCCCAUAAAUAGCUAUAGAAAUAAGUAAUAAUUUAAUUUAGCUAUUUUGUUCUGUGAUUUAGAUGUUAUUCUGCUUAAAUAUUGUUUAAGAAUGCUAUUCGUAAUAUUUAUUUUUUGACACUCCAUAACCUUAAAGGUACUUAUGUGAUAUUGUCUUGAUUAUAAUGUCAAUGUUAUAAAUAAAUGUGACCAUUGCUUGA